AUGACUCAACCAAUCAAGAAUGUCAUGAUCAUGGGUGCCGGAGGUCUAUUUGGCACCGAGGUAUUAGUCGCGCUACAAAGAGAAGAUGUAUUCAAUCUGUCAAUUCUUUCACGAAAAUCAUCAAAAUCCCUCCUUCCACCUGGGAUCAAGGUUGAAAAGGUGGAUAAUGACUAUCCUCUCGACCAACUUCUCAAUGCCUUCCAGGGCCAAGACGCCCUUAUCUCGACACUGCCCUGUAGCUCUUAUACAGUUCAUCUACGCAUGAUCGACGCUGCAAUUCGGGCAGGUGUCAAGCACUUCAUUCCCACAGAAUAUGGUAACAAUACUUGCACUACAGCAGCUGAACUCGUUACGCUCUACGAGGCCAAAGCCAAAAUUGCCGCUUACCUGAGAAGCAAAGAAAUUACAGGUUUGACCUGGACGGCUAUUCACACCGGUCAAUUUUUCGAUUGGGGAAUUGGAAGUGGAUGGCUCGACUACCAUCUUGAGGAAAAACGCGUUAUGAUCUACGAUUCUGGGGAUAAAAUGUGGUCAACCACGAACAUCGGGACUGCGGCUACAGCUGUGGCCAAGGUGCUAUUGGAUACUGAAAAGACCAAGAAUAAGGCACUCACUAUUCGUGGCUUCGUUCACAGUAUCGCAGCAAAAGGUUCUUGA